AUGGCCGAUACUCAAGAAAAGGUCGACACAACCCCUCAAGACACUAGUCGAGAGGGGUCUAUCUCUACCGAACAACAAACUCCACAAGCAGUCGAGAAAUCUCACACAAAGAAUGAAAUCGUCGACUACUUCACCCAAGAUGUUCGCACGUCACUGUUCGUUGAGCUCCAACUCCUGCUCAUAACAUUUUGUACAGGCAUCCAAGAUGCAACGACGUUUCCGGACUAUCAUUGUUUUGCCUCGAACCAAACUGGCAAUACAAUCUUUCUUUGCCUGGCCUUGGUAAUACCAAAACUGAACGGCGAUAUGUUCUACACUUCAAGUAUUGGCACGGGAUUGGGCGUCUUCCUAGGCGCAGGAUGGUUGACUGGCCAAUUAGGCCACAUCGUUGGACCUCGAAAGCGCUGGUGGCUUAUUCUGUGUAACCUGAUUCAAACUUGUCUCGUCUUCGCUGCCACCGCGAUUCAAUAUCGGUACGGGGUUGAAGACCACGGUCCGAAAGCACUUGCUGUUAUAGCGCUGCUGGCAUUUGCUGCCGGCAGUCAGGUAGUCCAAUCUCGAAGCCUGGCCGCAACUGAAAUCAGCACCGCAAUGGCAACCGCAGCAUGGGUAGACUUGAUGAUUGACCGAAAACUCUUUGCCUUGGACAACCGACCCCGAACGAGACGAGUUGCUUUCCUUAUUUCACUUGUCGUAGGAGGUUUCAUCGGUGCCUUGCUUUAUCGAACUGCAGGGUCAGCAGCCGCCCUGGCUGUCUCUGGAGCUGGCAAAGCACUCGCAAGUCUGCUAUACGUUUUCUCAGGGGCUGAGAAGAAGAAGGUCAACACAUCAGAAGUUUGA